CUCCUCCGAUGAAGAUGGCGACCCGGGCGGAACGGGAGCGGCAACAGCGGCAAAAUGAAAGGCACCAAGAGAUACUUGGGGAGAUGCUGCUCGACAGCCGGGAGUGUGCGGACUGCGGCAGCCGAGGGCCAAGAUGGGCAUCAUGGAACCUGGGAGUGUUUGUGUGCAUUCGCUGUGCAGGAAUUCACAGAAAGCUUGGAGUCCAUAUCUCCAAGGUGAAAUCGGUCAAUCUGGAUCAGUGGACACCAGAACAGAUACAGUGCAUUCGAGAGAUGGGAAACUCGAAAGCCAAGAUAUUAUAUGAAGCCCACCUCCCAGCUAACUUCAAGCGGCCACAAAUGGAUCAAGCAGUAGAGAGCUUUAUUAGAGACAAAUAUGAAAAGAAGAAAUAUUUUGAUAAAAGUAUUAACAUUGCUGCUUUCAGGAAAGAAAAUAAUAAAUGGAAGAAAGAGGAUGAAGCAAAGGAGACCAAAACUGCACCAGUGAUCUUUGAAAAAGUGAAAGUGCCACCAAAAAAGGAUGAACAACAACAAGUGAAAACAAGCCCUUCAACACCUGCUGGCCCAGUGAUUGACCUGCUGGGACUAGAUGCUCCUGCAGCAGCUCCUACCUCCAAUGGGACCACAUGCGUGAACACAGCACCAUCUGGUGAUCUGGACCUCUUUGGACCCAUGGUGUCUAAUCCACUGCCUGACUCGAGCUCUUUCCCAAACACACAGGUGUUGGCCUCAACUCCACAGGAAGGAGCUGAAAAUCUGAACCUCUUUGCUGAGCCCAGUCUGAAACCAGAGGAUUCUGGAAAGAAGCAGCUUUCGAAGGACUCCAUUCUGUCACUUUAUGGGUCACAGACCCAAGUUCCUACUCAAGGCACGAUGUUCAUGCCUUCCGGACAAGUGCCGUACGCUCCCUGUCUGCCAUCUGGUUACACCAACUUCCCACCUAUGGGUAGUGCAGUUACACCAACUGGUGGCAUGAUGAAUAAUGUAGGGCAGACGAUGGGUAUGAUGGCCCCAGUGACACUGCCAGGAGGAUACGUAGGAGGCGUGCAAGCUGGAGUAAUGGGCAUGCCCAGUGGGAUGGCAGCACAACAGGGUGCCUACGUGAGCGGAUUGGCCAUGCCUCAACCGGUGUACGGAGUCCAGCAGGCACAGCAGCUGCAAUGGAACAUCACCCAGAUGACUCAACAGAUGGCAGGAAUGAAUUUCUAUGGUGCCAAUGGGAUGGUGAAUUAUGGACAGUCAUCAGUACCCAUGGGAGCAGGAGCUGCUCCAGCUGCUGGGCAAUCUGUGGGCACCCAGAUGUGGAAGUAACUGGACCACAAAUAAACAAGAAACGACAAUCGCUCCGUGCUUCAGAACCAUGGCUUCUUCUCUACUCUAGCCAGUUUGCUGUGUGUGAUCUCAACUCCAUUUUUUGCCUGUAGAUCCUACACAGACUUGGCGAGAAAUUCACCAUCAAAACAGCAGCCAUCAUUACCAAAGUCAAUUUUUAAAACAAAUAUUUUUCUCCCAAAGGUGGAUUCUUUGGGAGUGUGAUUCCUUUAAACAAAGUGUGGGAGGGGUGUGUGAUCUUUGUGCUCAGUGCAGCUUUAGCCACUUGUUACUGUUUAAAUGUGUUUGUCAUUUGUUUUGUGACACAAUAGCAACACAUCCCACCAUGCCUUGUUAUUAGUGCUAGUUUACAAUUGAUAAGAUACAGCUCUGAGAGAAAUGAUCAAGACAGAGCUAUUCAGAUUGAGAAGAGCAUGGUGAUAAUGCAAAGAAUAGUGAUAAUUACUCAUGUCCUGUUAAUCAACCUGAGCCUUGUUAAACAGAAUGCAAAUGUAUGAACUGAAGCAUAUAUGUGCCUUAUGUUUAACAAAGACCUCCCUCAUCUAGGUUAAAAACCUUUGGUAAAUGCACACCUCUUAAAAUUGUCUUAUUGGGUUAAUUAUUAAGUGAUUGGUAUUGUUUACAGUAAUUUAUAUAGUAAUGCUAUUUUAACAGUUCAUCUGUUGAUUGGCACUGACUCCAUAUUUAAAUUGUAACAGCUCGUUUGGAAUUUAGUUACAGAUCAGCAAAUCUUGGUUGGAAGAAUGACAGCACAAAAGAAAUGGAGAAACGUUCUUAUUCCGUAAUUUGUGACCAAUAUUACCGAACACAGUUUAGCUAAGACCUGCCCCUCUGCCCAUCUGAGAGUGAAAUGCCUCACUCAGUCACCAGUUUACUCAUUGGCCAAAUAGUCUCUUCACAGGACUGCUUUUAAACCGCAAACAGUUGUUUUAAAGUGGAGCUCAGCGCGUUUUUGUGAGAAUGUCAGAGGAGGCAGAACAAGAGUGGAGAUUGUGUCUAGGGUUUCACAGGCCAUAAUGAGGGUGGAGUGGAAUCACGUUCACAGACUGCAUUGGUCAAAUUGCUUACAUUACUUUGUUGACCUCAGGUCUGUGGUCCAGUUAGGCUCCUUGCAGUUUGGCAGAUAAUAACCAUUGUUGUUCGGUUGAGGAAGAUGUUCAAAUGCACAAAUUUGGUACUGUUUCUUCCAUAUUGUAGGUGGCUGAAGACUGAGGACUUUGGGUUGUUCUCUCAUUUGGUGUACUGAGUCUGGAUUGACAUGCACAGAACAUACUUGAACUAUCAACACUUGUUACUGUGGAUGGAAAGGAGAGAGCACAGUGUUCGCCGAAAGGUUGACACUUGCUGAUUUUCCCAGCAGUCACAAAAGUGUCCCUUUCUUCUUCCCAACAAUCCUCCUCCCUCAGAUUGUCUGACUGUUAGAUCACGAGUUAGCACUGAUCUCUGAGUCUAAUUGUACGAAAGAAGUACCGCAGGACUUUAAACAGAUACUGUGAAACAACUGGAAGCUGAUUACAGGGAAUGGCAUAUGGGGCAUAAGGUACUGCACGUCUGCUGUGCGACUAUCUGAUCAUCCCCUCGCCAGUUUGAAUGGAGAGUGUCCUUUGAUUUCCUGUAUUUGGGUUUUUGUUUUGAGGUUUGGGAAAAGAGAGAAUUCCUUUUGCACUUGUCAGCCACAUUGCUGCUUUAACUAACUUCCAAAAGUGUUGAGGGAGGGAUGCUGGGCAAUAAAGAGAUCUGAUCCACUAAAACACAUCUCAUGGGACUUCCCACGAGUUUGCUAAUUAGAUUUAGGGCAAAUGUCACGUUUAUAAUUUUAGAAAUAUUGGUUUUUGCUGAGUCAUUAUACCUGGAUAGGGAAUUCUAAAAAAAGUAAUAUUUUUAACUCUUUACUUGUAGUACAGUAUUUUAUGAUCUGUUGUUAAGGCUCUAAGUAGGUCAGGGCAGUUGUCUAAGGAACUGGUGAACUAGUGGUGACUGGUGCAGCUCAACUUUGAGUUUUUGGUUUUUUGUUUGAAAUAUUGACUUGCUAAGGCAAUUGGAGCAAACUCAUGCAGUCCAGUUACUCAAACUGGAACAGUUCAGAAUCUACAUGGUCCUAAAGGGUGUUAAGUGACUUGAAACACAGCAGAAAGUUCCAAAUACAUUGGCUCAUGUGGUGCAGACCCCAAUGACAUUUUAGGUUUUCUCUAAGUCUGACAAGAAUUCAGGAAAUAUUAACCUUACACAAUUUGAAUUGUUGUUUGAAUCAUUUAAUACAUAGUACAGAAUAACUGGAAACUCAAUUGUAUGGAGGAAAAAGAAUAUCCUGUGUAAAUCUUGGAUUUGUAGCUUGACGUUCUGAAACACAGCUAAUGAUUGGCUUUGUGUUUCUUUGCUUCUAAUUUCUGUUAAACUAACUUCCUUCCUCAUGGAAAUGUUGAACUCAAUUUCAAGUCGAAAGGAAAUGUAAUAAAUGGCAAGGAUCUACCGUAAAAAAUAAAAAGCUAUAUUCUGAGCUGUGAAUGAGAAUACUGUUUACAGAAUGCAGUGUUUGUCUUGUGCUGAGGCAGUAUAAUGUUCAAUUGAAUUCUCCCUACAGCAUUUCUGCACAUAGACGCCCACUCAAAAAGAGAGUUCUGUUUUUGGUACUGUAAUUUUGGUGGUGGGUGAUCAAAUUUCACAAAAGUCACUGUUUACGAUCUUUCAUAUCGAUGUUCUCUCCACGUGCUUUUACUUCAGCAGUCAGCAAUACUUGUGAAGUGUAAUGAACUGUAAUUGCGUUGGUUUCCCCAAUUCGAGUGGACUGCUGUGUGGGGAGUGUGACCCCUGCUCUAUGAUCUGUUUCUGUCCCUGCUUUGUGCUGCCUCAAGAGCCAGGCUGCUGCCCUCUUUGCCCCUUGGCCUGAUAAAAACCAGGGUCCAGGCUGACCUCUGUUCACUGGAUUGAGCAGCUAUACUGAGCUCACUCUUCUGUCAUAAAAAGGUGUGUUCAACUUGCAGUAAUUUCAAAAUCCAAAGCCACUUUUAUGUUGAUGUAGGUCUUGUGUGUAUGUACGCACGCUCACUUUCAGAAGUUCUCCCAAGUUUUCUCCUGUGAAUUGACAGUGUAAAUCCUAAAGGUGAUUGACAGAUGUUGGUAUUCCCUACAACCUGGUAUACAAUGGCAUUGAUAUAAAGGGGGUUUCUGCCCUGUCAAAGGUGGAAUGUUCACUUGCAUCCGUGAUGUAGUAGGGUAGGGAAUUAAAAUCUUUGUCUUCUGGGGUAUUGGUGAUGUUCAGGAGAGGUUGGAGAUGGAGCUUUAAUGUUUGGAUGAAGCUUUGAUGUGUUAUUUAGAGAUAUAUGAAUAUACUAAUAUAAAGUUGAUGUGUGCUAUUUUUAUGAGGCCUUUUUUUAUAAAGAACAAAUUCCUAUAUAUUAACUCUGCUGCAAAAAAUGAAUACCUUUUAUAUAUCUUAGGAAGGUUGACUUGUGUGGCCAGCGAAGAGAGGUAUGCAACACCAAUUUUCAAUGCACAAUUGAGACAGUGCUCCAAAUAAGUAAAAUGGCAAUUGUGAUUUUAGCUAACUAGAGGAUAAUAGUUAUACAGAGCUCAGGGGAUAAAAGGCAUAGUUUUAUUUUGUUAUAAAUAACUUAGGCACGAUGGUUUGUAUUGCAUACAUCUCGCAUGGUGGCUGGUUUAGGUAUGCUGCGUUAUUGGAAGUCAUGUGGCCCUAUCCCAAAAUGCCCACUUAUUUGUCACUAGAAUGUAAAGGGUAACUUUGUGUUAGAUUGGAAAUUGAAAUUUAUUUUUAGAAUACACAAGUUAUGUUCUCUAAACUCAGUAAAGGACAGACUGCUGUUCUGUGGUUUCCCUGUUCAUUGAUUUGAAGAAUGGUCCAGAUACUUGCAGCAAUGUCUGUUCCCAAAGUCAACUCUGUCAGGCUGGGUCAGAGGUUAGGUAUUUAGGGGUCACAGGUUGACUGGUUUAAGACCAAGGGACAUGAACCUUGAACGACUGUGCUACUUUCAUUUUCAGCCACUCCAUCACUUGGCUGCUAACUUCCAUUGUUACAGAGUGCUUUUGUCUAUAAUCGAUUCUGAACCAUUAUGAAGCUCAAUAUUAUUCCUGUCAGUGGCACCCGUCCAGAGUCAUUUUAAUCUUUUGGUAUUGUUUGUCUACUAAACUGCUUGGGACCAACUCAAUAUUCAGUGUGAGGCAAAGUGUUACUUUGUGCUCCUCAUCACACUCGGAUUUAAAUGAAAAAUUGCUAUGCUGUUAGUGCGCAAUUCCAUUCACCAUCGUAAGCAUGGCCAGCAAUGGAGUAACCUAUCUGUGAAUGUUUCCAUAUUCUGGUUAUCUGCUUCCAGCUCUGUCCUGUACAAUAUAAAUAAAUAUAUUCUCACUGUAAUAUAAAGCUUGAGGGGAAAUGGAAAAUAAAGAUUUUAUUAAAGUUUUACUUUGUAUACUGAAAA